AACAAACGCGCGCGUUCCUUGUAUCAUGUUUUUUGCGAUUUUAUGAUAACUAAAAUAAUUUCAAAAUGCCUAAAGCUGUUCGAGACCUUCUACAAAGUGAAUUAACUUACGAUGAGCCGGAUCGCAUGCCGGAGAAGAUCUCAAUAACCAACUUGGAUCUGUUCAUGUAUUGUGUGGCUAUAGUUGGUCAUUUCGUGGAUCUGGGCUUCGAUAUAAACGUAGCUGUGAGGUAUGCCGUGGCCCGGCAGAUGGUGAUCUUCGGGUGGACGCUAGUCUUCAUCCUUUUGCCCGCAUUUGUUAAUACAUUAGUAUCAAUACGGAUGUAUUCCCAAGACAAACAACAGAACUCGCUCUCUAAUGAGUUCUCGAAACGUCGCUGGCUGCGGAUAGUGGUGCUGGUGCUCCAAAUGGCUCCCAUCCUGAGAUUUGCAGAUGCUUUCAUCUACGCCUUAAAGUGUCGUCGCGCCGAGCGCAAACAGGACCCCACGUCCCAGCGGCAGUACUACGCCCUGAUGCUGAAGGAAGACAGCGAUGCUGCACUGCUGCGGAUCUUCGAGUGCUUCUUAGAGGCGGCGCCGCAGCUGGUGCUGCAAGUCAGCCUGCUGCUGCGUGGAGACUAUCAGUUCACUGUGCACCAGAUCCUGUCGAUAACAUCGUCUUUAGCCAGCAUGGGCUGGUGCCUGGCGGCGUACCAGCGCGCGCUGCGGUUCGCGCAAGAAGACAAACUUAACAUGAGCUGGCUGGGAUCCGCCAUGCAGACCGCCUGGCACUAUCUGCUGUCCAUGAGCAGAGUGAUAUCAUUAUCACUAAUGGCGUACCUCUUCCCACACUGGACGGUGCUUGCCUGCGUCAUACACAUCCUCAUCAUGACAGCGUGGAUUCAAAUCUUCGAACACCCUAUAUUCUGCGUACGCAAAAUAGCCGAGCUAGCGUUCGCCCUAGCUUUAGGAGCUGUAUACCUUUUCACAUACAUACUGGCGGUCGAAGGCAGAACUAGGUACAGAUACGCAAUUUAUUAUAGUAUAUGCUUCUGCCAAAAUGUGGUCUGUGGCGCCAUAUGGUAUAUCUACGCUGGAAACGAAGAUAGACAGUCUGGUCAUUUUACACCGUUACUGGUGUUGACGGUGGUCCCAUAUGUGAUAGGGCUGGUGAUCAUGGUGCUGUAUUAUUCGUUCUUCCACCCCAAACUGAGAAAAGGAGUAGUUAGGGAGACAGAUAUAGCUGUUACGUUUAAAAGUGAACAGGCUGAGGUUAAAUAAUAAAUAAUAAUAGCUACUUAUAAUGGCAUAUUUCACAGACGUGAUUGACCUGACUCAAGGAUUAAUUAGUGCAGAUGGUAAGAAAAUAAUGUGCCAAGAGCAAGUACCUAGUAUGAAUAUCUUGAUGCCAACUUUGUCUUCUAUCAAAUGUGCAUCAUAGAUAAUAAUUUGUUACCUACUUAUGUCUGUAAUUAUUAUGUAAACUAUACGUAAGUAAGUUUUGUCUGACCAAUGCUCAAUUUUGUGUAUAGUUGUACCAGUGCAUGUUAUGUGUAGAAUAGGUACACUACAUCUAAUACUUUUACAUCAGCAUGAGAUUUGAUUUUGUGAUAAGUAAAAAUGAAAUCGUAGAUAAUUAAAUGACUAGUGUAAAUAAUGCCUAGUGAUAUGAAGAACCAAGACUGCCUCGUUUUUUUAACUAUUUUAAUGUAAUAUUUUUGUAGAAAUAUUCCUAAUGUAUGUUGGUACUUAUUGAAUCUCUGUAAAAUACUACAAUGCAUUUUAAUGCAAUUAUAUUUUUAAUAAAACAAUGUUUACAUGUAAAAUUUUA